AGCUCCAUAUAAGUGACGACGUGUCAGAGGACCCCUGAUCCAGGGAUAUUUUUGGCGGGUACCGAAUCAUGCACAACUUGUCUGUCUCCCACAUACCGUCGGCUGCCUUUGCCGUGGUCUGGCAGUCACCGUUUAUAACGGAGCCCUGAGAGUCUUUUUAUGCAUGCAUGCAUAUGAUCCGAGGCUCAAGCUGAAAGUCUAACAUGCAUAGCCACAAACUCAGCUCACAGCCACAUUCUACCUACCUUACGCAAUACGCUGAUAUCACUGCAGUAGGACCUCAACCUCUUGGCUUUUAUACAAAACCUGUUCACUUUCGCUGACCUUGUCCUCUGGACUUCUUCAAUCACUAUACUCAACCUCGUAGAAAUUCUAUAAAUCCACGAUACGAGCUGCUAAUAUCUUUUCUUGCGACGACUGACUAUUAGCUACUUUACUGACGACGUCAUCGCAUUUACUUGUGAAAAUGAAUCCCUCUGAUGUUCCAGAUGAACCUCCGCCUUCAUACGCUGAGAGCCAGAACCAGCAUAAGAAGCUCCCGGCACAACCACCGCCUGCAGCUGCAGCUCCACAGCCAAAAGCAUCAUCAUCAGCAUCACAAGCUCCUCCUCCUCCAACUGCCGGCCCCAGCCAACCAUCGGCUGUUCCACGCCAAUUCCCACCGGCGUUCAAUCUCUACUAUCAAGGAUGGCCCAAUAAUUCCUAUACACUUGCUGAACAUCAAAACCACCCUCUCUAUCUCUACUCCGCACAUUCCGGCCUGAGUGAUCUACCGCCAAUUCUUUUACACUCUGGUCCAGACCCGUCAUAUUCACCUCUGGCUUCUGCAAGAUUCAUGUUCAUGAGUGCUAGUUUCGAAGUCGAAUUGCCUCCAGUGCCAGGCUCGGGAGCUCCAUUGGCACGCGAAGUAGUUGAACCAGUAGGUUCACACAGUGGUCUCGGUACAGGCUAUAGCUUUGCUAUUGAAGUCGGACCAGGAGGCAACGGACCACGGGAGAGAUUCGAGUGGAGGCGCUCACGUGGAGAUGUCAUAGCAAGCUUGGGUGGUCAUUAUUAUGGCUGGAAGCUUGUGCGUAUGAGCCGUGGUGCUCCUGGAGGAGGAAAUAUGGCGUUUGCGCCAGGCGGCUUUGAAGAUAGCCGAGGAAACGAAGUUGUUGCAGCUUGGACGAUGGGCGAUGGAAGAAGUUUGACAAAGGUUGCGCAUUUUCGAUUUAUGGGAACGGGCUUGACAGGACUUCUUGGAGAGAGAUGGGCUAUUAUGGUGGUGAUAACAGGGCUGGCCUUAUUUCACAGAGACCGAAGAUGACAGUCUUGACUCUUCUCGAAAAGGCACGACUUAUAUCUCGGUCUUGAUUUAUGUACCAUAUACCCUCUCUAGGCAAUACUAAUAUUUUAAUAUGAGCUACAGGCAUUUUCGCACUCUACCCGUUGUGAUGGGAUUGCUAUUCGGUGUUGUAUGAUGCUCCUGAGGUGUAACUACACUUUAUGGAGAAUGUGUCUGUAGAUUCUUUGUGAUCAAUAUGGUGAUAGAACAAAGGAGUAUCGCCAAAAGGAGACCCGCCGAGCGGAAUCGUAUUUAUAAUGAGGUCGUUCAAA